UGUUGCCAGAUUGGACCAGACACUGGCUGCAAAUUUGGCCCAAUCUGGCAACACUGGCCAAUGGGAUCGCAAACACACCACGGUCCAAACCCCGGAUAAUAGGCUGGAUCACAGAAUGGGAUUUGAUUCAGACACAUGCUCGGACGCGCAACUAGUGAACAAGUAAAACGACAGUUUUACGGGGCAGAGGCCUACAGUUUACCAUGGCACUCUGAACUCUGACCUUUGGUGACCUGGCGAGGAGAAGGAGGUAGGAGGUGGAGGUGGAGGAGGGGGAGGAGAAGGAGGAGGAGGAAGGAGGUCAGUUACCCUGGGAGGAAGGAGGAUAGGAAAGAACCCAGUGUGAGACUGACGUCGGCCACAGCCCUGCUCCUCUAUCCAGUAACCAACGCCCUCCUAGCCUCAAUCCCUCCCCCACACAGAGGCUGACGUUAUGGGCAACACAGCCACCAAGUUCCGCAAGGCCCUGGUGAGCGGAGACGAGGCCCUGGCCUGGCAGCUCUACGAGGGGAACCCCCAGUUCAGGGAGGGCCUGGACCCCAACGCCUCGUACGGGGAGCCAUACCAGCACAACACCCCGCUGCACUACGUCUGUCGCCACGCCAUGACGCGGCUCCUCAGGUCCUUCCUGUUCAGCAAGGAGGGGAACCCCAACAAGCGCAACCUGCACAAUGAGACCUGCCUCCACGUGCUGUGCCAGGGCCCGCAGAUCCUGCUGCUGCCAGAGGGGGCGCUCUCCCCGCGCCUUGCCCGGCCCCAGAGGGACGAGCAGCGACGGGCCGACAGCCUGCAGAUGAUCCUGAGCUGGACGGGGGCCAGGCUAGGCAGGGGCCAGUAUGAGAGGGCCAAUGUCAACGCAACCGACAACCACCACAGCACCUGCCUCCACUACGCGGCGGCGGCGGGCAUGAAGAGCUGUGUGGAGCUGCUGGUGCAGAACCAGGCGGAUCUGUUCGUGGAGGACGAGGAGCGCCUGACGCCGUGUGACCACGCCGAGCGCCAGCAGCACACGGAGCUGGCCCUCAGCCUUGAGUCCCAGAUGGUCUUCUCCUCCUCCUCCUCCUCGGCCCAGGAGGCGCACGCCGACUCCUGCCUGAUCCCCAGAAAGGAGCCCUACGAGGGUCUGAAGCUGCAGGACCUGCGGCGGCUGAAAGACAUGCUGAUCGUGGAGACGGCGGACAUGUUGCAGGCUCCCCUCUUCACAGCAGAGGCGCUGCUCCGAGCACACGACUGGGACCGGGAGAAGCUUCUGGAGGCGUGGAUGUCGGACGGGGAGGGCUGCUGCCAGCGGUCGGGCGUGGCCAUGCCCACGCCACCGCCCAGCGGCUACAACGCCUGGGACACCCUGCCCUCCCCCCGCACGCCCAGGACCCCCCGCUCCCCCCUCACCCUCACCCUCACCUCACCCACAGACAGCUGCCUCACCCCGGGGGAGGAGGCCAUGGCCACGUGUGGGAUCUGCCUGUGCUCCAUCUCCGUGUUCGAGGACCCCGUGGACAUGUCCUGUGGCCACGAGUUCUGCCGGGCCUGCUGGGAAGAGUUUCUGAACAUUAAGAUCCAGGAGGGGGACCACAACAUCCUGUGUCCAGCGUUCGGCUGCUACCAGCUGGUUCCUGUCCAGGUGAUCGAGAGCAUCGUCUCCAGGGAGAUGGACCAGAGAUAUCUGCAGUUUGACAUUAAGGCCUUUGUGGAGAACAACCCAGCCAUCCGCUGGUGCCCGGCGGUGCGCUGUGAGCGGGCCGUCCGGCUCUCCCGGCCGGGCCCCGGGGACAGCGACCCCCACAGCUUCCCUCUGCUGCCCUCACCUGCUGUGGACUGUGGCAAGGGACACCUGUUCUGCUGGGAGUGCCUUGGUGAGGCCCAUGAGCCCUGUGACUGUGAGACCUGGAGGAAGUGGCUCCAGAAGGUCACGGAGAUGAGGCCCGAGGAGCUGGCGGGCGUGGGCGAGGCCUAUGAGGACGCUGCUAACUGCUUGUGGCUGUUGACCAACUCCAAGCCCUGUGCCAACUGCAAGUCGCCCAUUCAGAAGAACGAGGGCUGCAACCACAUGCAGUGUGCCAAGUGCAAGUAUGACUUCUGCUGGAUCUGUCUGGAGGAGUGGAAGAAGCACAGCUCUUCGACGGGGGGCUACUACCGCUGCACCCGCUAUGAGGUCAUCCAGCAGCUGGAGGAGCAGUCCAAGGAGAUGACCGGAGAGGCAGAGAAGAAGCACAAGAGUUUCCAGGAGCUGGACCGCUUCAUGCACUACUACACUCGCUUAAGGAACCAUGAGCACAGCUACAAGCUGGAGCAGAAAUUGCUGAAAACCGCCAAAGAGAAGAUGGAGCAGCUGAGCAGAGCAUUCAUUAGCCGUGAGGGGACGCCUCCGGACACGCGCUUCAUCGAGGACGGGGUGAGCGAGCUGCUGAAGACGCGCCGCGUGCUGAAGGUCUCAUACCCUUACGGCUUCUUCCUGACGCCCGGUAGCACGCAGAAGGAGAUCUUUGAGCUCAUGCAGACGGACCUGGAGAUGGUGGUGGAGGACCUGGCCCAGAAGGUGAACCGGCCGUACCUGAGGACACCAUGCCAUAAGAUCAUCAGCGCAGCGCGGCUGGUGCAGCAGAAGAGGCAGGAGUUCCUGGCCUCCGUAGCGCGCGGUGUGGCCCCCAACGACUCCCCCGAGGCCCCCCGCAGGAAUUACCCAGGAGGUUCGUGGGAUUGGGAGUACCUGGGCUUCGCCUCACCGGAGAUGCUGACUCGUCACUCUGUACUGGGAGGAGGGGAUCCAAGAGAGAGGCAGUCCCAGGAGUACGCUGACCUCCAGUACCGACGGCGGCAUCGCCAGCGUCGCCGUGGCGAUAUGCUGAGUCUACACAGUCUGCGGAGCGGCAGCAACACGCCAGAGACGGGCCGGAGGAGCGACAGCUCUGAGGGACUAGAGAGGAGCGAGAGCAGAAGACGAGCCCUGGGCUCCCUGGACGACGAGGACCCCAACAUCCUGCUGGCCAUCCAGCUCUCCCUGCAGGAGUCCCGCAGGGAGAGGAGCCUGGGUCCCCUGGAGGGAGGAGGAGGAGGGGAGGAGGAGGAGGAGGAGCGCCAGGAGCUGGAUGUCAGGAGAAUGGUGAUGGAGGGAGGAGAGGACCUCAGACUGGGUCUCGGUGUUAGCCUGGCAGGCAUGCUAUCCGCCUCCGAAAGCCUAGAGGCUGACGGGGCGCUGGGACCCCCCCGCGGCCCCCCUACCUACCCCACCUCCCGUCUCAGCCUGCUGGAGCUGGGGAACGUGACCGCGCCCUACGGGGGGCCGGCUCAGGGAGCGCCGCCGCCGCCCCUGCAUCACACACGGGACCACUGCGAGCUAGCCCUCGGCCCCAACAUACUGACCGUCCAGCACCUGCUUGACCACAUGGCCGCCGCCGCCGGGCCCUGUGGCGCCGGCCAACGAGAGCAGACUUACCGUCUGGUGGCGGGCGACCACUCUGAACGCACUCCCAGACGCACCGCCCCCAGUGCCCCAGAACGCCUCCCUGCCGCUCGCCCCCCUGCCCAGCUGUGCCUCCCCUCCCCGGGGACGGAGCCGGACCUCCUGGUGUCCCCCGUCAUCCCCCCGGGCGGGGCCUUCACCCCCAGCGACCCCCAGAGCCUGGAGCCCCUGGACCCCGAGGCCGGGGUCCAGCUGCUGGACAACAUCAUGGCCUGGUUCAACCACAACAUCAACCCCCAGAACAGCCCCCACAGCCUGGCCCUCAUCCCCUCGCCCCCCACCACCGAGACCGAGUCCUCCCCAGACUCGCUCACCGAGCCCAGCUCGGAGAGGCUCUCCUCCAGGGGAGCCCCCCCCGCCUGGCAGCCCCUGGAGGGUGAGCCCGAGGCGGGGAGCGAUGGCCUUUGGGUCAGGGCCGGGGGCGGGGGGGGCCUGGAGGCCUUAAGGCCUGAUAGGCUGGAACUGGACCUGGACCUGGACCUGGACCUGGACCUGGACCUGGACCUGGAGUUGGAGAACAGGGAAGCAGGCGUAGAGGGUCAGGGGGCUGUGGAGGGUCAGGGGGGCGUGGAGGGGGUAGAGGGGGCCUGCGAUGGGGACUUGCUGCCCCUGGACGAGACAGGCCCUCUCCCUUGCCCCCCCCUCAGCUGCAAAGACGAUUCUGCUCCCAAAGCUCCCGCUAGCGAGACAGACUCAGAGUUAGACCCCGCCCACUGAAUAGGGGAGGACCAAUCACCUGAGGAAUGGGAGGAGCAAGUCCAUUUAGUGUGAGAUUUUAAAUGGAUCUGAAAAACACCAAGAGAGGAGGGGUUGGGUAGAAAGGAUAUUUGGAGAGGUUAGAGAUUAUCAGAGUGACACUGACAGAGUUAGAUGUGGAAGGAGAUGGGUAGAUGGAAAAAAAUAACAGGAGUUAGUUGUUUUUAACUCAAGUGUUUCAUCUUUUUGUUAUACUGUAUGUUAAUGGAGAAGUUUUUGCGACCACUUUGUUCCUUGUCUGGGGCGCUUUGUCAGGUAACAGCGACGUCUGGAGGAGUGUGAUUCAGGCCGGCUGUAAGUGGAUGCACUUAUGCUUUGACAUCUAAAAAGAAGUGUUUCAAAGUCAAUCCAAGGGUGCACCUUAUGAAAGCUACUGAUAUCAUAGUUGUUUGCUGCUUCUGUCGUUUACGUUUUGAACUAUUUAUUUAAUAUUUUUAUCUGAUUGUUUGUCCUUGUUGUCAAGAGUUGCUCUAAUGGUUCUCCUCGGGCGAUGCCUGGCGCUAAUCAUGCAGGUUACCAUGGUGCCCGCAUCUUGCACCUGCAACUUGGGUAACACCCAUCCACAGCCUCCACCCCCUCUCACCCAUGACUACCACGGUACCACCCCCUUACUACUGCACCCAGCCAGCCUGUACUGACUCCCUGGUUGGCGGGGGUGGUAUUAAAACCUGCUGACGGAGCGUUACGAUACAAUCACCGCUGGGGCCGAUGCCACUAUUUAUUUUACCAGGGAUGUCCAUGGUGACCCGUGUGCCUCCUGAGGGCCGCACUCGGGACUGACCUUCAUCACAGUGUUGUCGGGGAAAAGGCGUUGUUUUAUACCCUGCACUCUACAGCCGACGGUGAAAGAGUUAGACGCACCGGCAACAGACCUUGGACGUCAAAUCGCCGGGCGUCACGGCGAUGGUAUCUAGUUUUCCUUGGAGCUACGCCCGUUGUGAUGAUGUGGUGGGAUCACUGAAGGAAUUAAACUAGCCUCUUUUUUAAUUUAUUUGAUGUUACUUUACCUGUCGGCCAGAGUACAGGAUGAGCUACACAUUGCUCCUAGAGCGGCCAUCACAAUCCAUCUUUCCAGAUCCCUCUGCUAUUUUUCCAUCAGUCAUUAUCGGAAGGAAGUUAUCGGGCAACAUGGCCAACGUUUACAGAGUGACUAAAUUAAAAUAAUUAUUGGACACUUGCACUGUUUGAAUCCAAACACUUUAAUUUAGAAGGAUUUCAAAUAUGAAUUGAAAAAGGGGCUUUUAUUUUGUAUAUGUAUCUACUCCUUGACUGACAGCCAGUACAGUGUGCUAUUGAUGAAUCUAUCAACAUGAGAGGCUUUGAUUGUUUUUUGAUAUUAUUCUUAAGCUCACCAUUCCAGUUUUAUACCCCAAUGCAGAAUAAUUUUCCUUUCCUAUGAUAUCACUCUGUUCAGUCUGUGUGCCUUUUUAGUUCUAUUUAAUAUAUCUUUAAUUUAUUUUUGUUUAGACGCUGCAUUAUCUUUAUACAGAGCUCUUGAGAUAUAGGAAUUGUGGCUUUUACGAUAACCGACAUAACACCUCUCUGGUGCGACUGUUGCCAUAUGUGGGAAAGGGGUUCAAGUUACUGGUGAAUGACCAGAUAUCCCUUUGUGCCCUUCGAAGUCUGGUAGACCAGAGGCAAAUGCCACAAAGCAAAAUCCACUUGCUAGCCAGCCUCUCUCGUCAAAAACACAUUCUUAACUUAAAGUAAUUCAAUAACGUAUAACUCAGAGGAUACUUUAUUCAAUCUUUCAUCCUCUGGCUGGAUUUACGCUCUCCUGUUCUGAGUUCAUUCUAAGUUCAUGUUUUUAUAUAAUGGUCUUGCUGUGUGAAGUUUCCUCUGAGUCUUUAGUUUUCCUACUGCCUGUAUCUUAAGGUAUACUACUCAACUGUACUGUUUACAAAUGGUCAAAGUUGAACACUGCCUUUAGUUGUCGAUAGGUGCUUUGAAAAACAGACUGUGUUGAUGAUAUUGGUUUGACUGUGUUGCCAAACAGAUGUGAAAUAAAUAUUAGCGACACACUACCCAGGAAUAAAUUGGGUUUUGAACGCUAGUUAUUGAAAAGUAGUGGAACUAUUGGUGUUUUAUGAAUCAAUCAUAUAUGCCUCCACUUAGUUAAGCUUUUGGUUUUAAGCUCCAUCAACCAAAAUACUGCUGCAUUGUUCUCACCUUGUUAAAAGUGAAUGGUGGCUUCAGGUAUAUCUGAGUGAAGGUGACAGUAUUUAAAUCAUCUCAAUGAGAAACCUUUUUCUUAAGGUGAGUAUUGUUUGGACAUGGAGACGCUGUACCUAGCGUGUCACUCGGUUAUAAUGCCUGAAGCUCUGCCAAAAUGAGUUCUGACUAGGACUAGAAUUGCUUUCAUGACAUUGGAACUGACUUAAGGCUAUUAUAUAAUUUGUAACUGUUUCAUCAAUAGUUUCCUUCAUCCUUGAUUUGAAUAAUCUAAUCUCAAUUUUAGUAUUGUCAAGGAAUCCUUCCUCAUCCAUGCUCUACCAACGACUGUACACACCAGUGUUUAUUGAACUUCCACAGAUUGUACCUACAUUCCCAAUCAAUCAAGAAGACCAGAGCCAAUAUUUGAUCUGUGCCCAGUAGGUCUACUGUUAAAGAAAGUUUCAGUGCAAAGAUUACUCUCAAUAAAAGAGAUCAAAAUAAUUGAAUGAUUUAAUUCCAUAACUGACUUUUACUGUCUACUGCCUAAACAAAUACAUUUUAACCCUUGAUUCUAGAUGCUCUACUGAGUUAGCGUGAACCAUAAAGGCCCUUUGG